AUGGCAGGCGGAUUAACCCCCGUCCAUUUCUUCUCCCAUGGUUCCACGUCCAUGCUCGGCGAACCGUCCGACUCGGCCGAUUAUUGGAAAGAAUGUGGUGAGGCAGCGUGUCGCAACGGGAUUGAGCAUGUCCUGAUUAUGGGCGCGCAUUGGGCUGCUGUGGGCGAUGAGAUUCAAAUCGCCACCAACCCGAAACCCAAAAAAGCACCGAUUGGUGGUGUCCACCCUAGCAAAUACGUCGACUACGAAUUGAUUCCAGAUCUGCCCAUGGGGGAACGUGUUAUAUCGACCCUUCGAAAGGCCGGAUUCAACGCAUCUGCCAAUCCCAACUUUGAUUGGAUUCACGACGUAUAUCUGAUCUUGAUCCGCACAUUCCCACAGCGCUGUCCUCCCACGACAGUGGUCAGUAUGAACGCUCGCUUUGAUCCACACUAUCAUAUGCGUGUUGGGGCAGCUUUACGACCACUGCGUCGAGAAAAUGUCUUAUUUAUUGGCUCUGGCGGUACUGUGCACAAUCUCUACCGAAAUGUCUGGUGGCCGCUGCUUCGUUACUCGGAUAAUUUUGCUAUGCCAACGCCUCCUGGCGAUUGGGCAUUGGAUUUCCGUCAGGAAGUUGAAGAUGCUAUGACGAAAGCUUCAGGACCAUUGCUCAGAAAAAGUGUCACUAUGCUGAUGAAGAUACCAAAGUAUCGUGAUGCCCAUGCCACCGAUGACCACAUUAUGAGUGCCAUGUUUGUGGCUGGGCUUGUGGGAGACGUCGAGGAUGAAGGAACUCCGGUUGAGAUUGGAGCUGAAGACUGGGAGCUUACUAACAUGUGUAAUACCCAGUUUACGUUUGCAAAAUGGGAGACGUGA